AUGGAGAAGCCCAGGGGCAUCGAGGAGGCCCCAUCUUCAGGACGCAUGGAGGAAGAAGAGGAAGAUGACUUGGAGCUCUUUGGUGGCUACGACAGCUUUCGGGCUUAUAACAGUAGCGUGGGCAGCGAGAGCAGCUCCUAUCUGGAGGAGUCAAGUGAAGCAGAAAAUGAAGACCGGGAAGCUGGGGAGCUGCCCACUUCCCCGCUGCAUUUGCUCAACCCCGGGACUCCCCGCUCUUUAGAUGGCAGUGGUUCUGAACCUGCUGUCUGUGAGAUGUGUGGCAUCGUGGGCACAAGAGAAGCCUUCUUCUCCAAGACCAAGCGCUUCUGCAGUGUCUCCUGCUCCCGGAGCUACUCCUCCAACUCCAAGAAAGCCAGUAUCUUGGCUAGAUUGCAGGGGAAACCGCCCACCAAGAAAGCUAAAGUCCUGCACAAGGCCGCUUGGUCAGCCAAGAUUGGAGCCUUCCUGCACUCCCAGGGGACCGGACAGCUGGCAGAUGGGACACCAACUGGGCAAGAUGCUCUGGUCUUGGGUUUCGACUGGGGCAAGUUCCUGAAGGAUCACAGUUACAAGGCUGCUCCUGUCAGCUGCUUUAAACACGUGCCGCUCUAUGACCAGUGGGAGGAUGUCAUGAAAGGGAUGAAGGUGGAGGUGCUCAACAGUGACGCAGUGCUCCCCAGCCGGGUGUACUGGAUCGCCUCGGUCAUCCAGGCUGCAGGGUAUCGGGUCCUGCUUCGGUAUGAAGGCUUUGAAAAUGAUGCCAGCCAUGACUUCUGGUGUAACUUAGGGACUGUGGACGUCCACCCCAUUGGCUGGUGUGCCAUCAACAGCAAGAUCCUAGUGCCUCCACGAACCAUCCAUGCCAAAUUCACCGAUUGGAAGGGCUACCUCAUGAAGCGGCUGGUGGGCUCCAGGACCCUCCCCGUGGAUUUCCAUAUCAAGAUGGCAGAGAGCAUGAAGUACCCUUUCCGACAGGGCAUGAGGCUAGAGGUGGUGGACAAGUCCCAGGUGUCACGGACGCGCAUGGCCGUGGUAGACACGGUCAUCGGGGGCCGCCUGCGGCUCCUCUAUGAGGAUGGUGACAGUGACGAUGACUUCUGGUGCCACAUGUGGAGCCCCCUCAUCCACCCGGUGGGCUGGUCACGGCGCGUUGGCCACGGCAUCAAGAUGUCAGAGAGGCGCAGCGACAUGGCCCACCAUCCCACCUUCCGGAAAAUCUACUGCGAUGCCGUUCCUUACCUCUUCAAGAAGGUCCGAGCUGUCUAUACGGAAGGUGGCUGGUUUGAGGAGGGCAUGAAACUGGAGGCCAUUGACCCCCUGAAUCUGGGCAACAUCUGCGUGGCGACCAUCUGCAAGGUGCUUCUCGACGGCUACCUGAUGAUGUGUGUGGACGGAGGCCCUUCCACGGAUGGCUCGGACUGGUUCUGCUACCACGCCUCCUCCCACGCCAUCUUCCCAGCCACCUUCUGUCAGAAGAAUGACAUUGAGCUCACGCCCCCUAAAGGGUACGAGGGACAGACUUUCAACUGGGAGGCCUACUUGGAAAAGACCAAGUCCAAAGCAGCCCCAUCAAGACUCUUUAACAUGGAUUGCCCCAACCACGGCUUCAGGGUGGGCAUGAAGCUGGAGGCCGUGGACCUGAUGGAGCCACGGCUCAUCUGUGUGGCCACCGUGAAGCAGGUGGUACAUCGGCUCCUCAGCAUCCACUUUGACGGCUGGGACAACGAGUAUGACCAGUGGGUGGACUGUGAGUCCCCGGACAUCUAUCCCGUGGGCUGGUGUGAGCUCACCGGCUACCAGCUGCAGCCCCCUGUGGCCACAGCUGAGUCGACCACACCUCUUAAGGCCAAAGAGGCCACGAAGAAGAAAAGGAAACCGUUUGGGAAGAAAAGGAAAAGAAUAGCGCCCACCAAGCCGCGGCCCCUGAGGCAGGGUUCCAAGAAGGCGCAGUUGGAGGCGGAGCCGCAGGCUACCAGAGAGACCUUGGCUGAGCCGGAUCCUGGUGAGCUCGUCACCAUGCGGGUGAAGGAGGAGCACCUGGACACGGCUGCACCCCACAAGGCUAAGGGUCCCGAGUUGCCUGUCCCUGUUGAGGACAUCAAGCAGGAGACAGGCGACUGA